GCAGAAGCCAUUGUCAAAGUGAGGAAAACGUCUAUGGUAAGGCCGGCCACCCGAACUGCCACACAGACCAUGUUCCUCUCCAAUCUUGAUCAUGGUUGGUUACCCUUCAACAAUGUUCAAAGGCUUUUCUUCUAUACACAGUCUCCUUUGAACGAAUAUUCUUCAUUAAUACAAGGCAUAAAGAAAAGCCUCUCCUCAGUUUUAGUACAUUUCUACCCUCUGGCUGGUCGAUUGAAGAAGGGAGAAUCUGGCAGAACGGAGGUUGAUUGCAAUGACGAAGGUGUGGAAUUUAGGGAGGCAUCAAUUAAUAUACCCUUCCAAGAAUUAGAAAAAGAUGGGUUUCAGCGUAAGGCCUUCUUCCCAAAACUUGUUCACGACGUCGAUCUAUCUGUCGAUGAAAAUUACAGUAGACCGCUUCUGCUAAUACAGGUUACAGCUUUUGAGGAAGGCGGGAUAUGCAUCGGAACCACCUUUCAUCAUGUAAUAGCAGAUGGAAAUUCGUUCUGGCAUUUCCUGACAUCGUGGGCAGAGUGUAGCAGAGGCCUUCCCCUUGUCAAACCUCCUCAGCACUCCAGAACAAUUUUCAAACGAGAUAACAAGAGUCCCCUUUCUAUUUCCUACAAAGCCCAUGAGAUAAUAAGCCAUGGAAUUACAGGGGCCAAGAUUUUCAAGUUUGUACCUGACAAUUCACAGUCAGACAACAUAAAGACAUGUACUACCGGGGAAGUGGACACGCCCAAAGGGGACCUCCAGAAAUGGGUCGAUCUCAAAAAGAAAACGGAAGUGAUAUAUUCAACGUUUUGCUUUACUGAGGACAAAAUACAAUACCUGAAACAACGAAGCGGUGCUUCGACUUCUUUUGUUGCAGUGGCUGCACAAUUUUGGAGAUGUGUGAUGAGAGCUCGCGAGGUGCCGAAGGAAGAAGCCGUUUACUUCUUAUUGCUGUGUGAUUGCAGGGGUCGUGUUAAGCGGCCUCUAACUCCAGAUUAUUUUGGAAAUUGCUUGUCUGUAGGCUUGGCGCAGACAACAGCCAACACACUCGUCAAUUCCGACAUCUCCUUCGCUGCGGGUGUUAUCCAGCAAGUCAUUGAUUCCUGCACUUCCCAAGAGCAGAUUAAUUAUCUGAUCGACUGGGCGGGAUAUCCUGAUAGAAAUUUUGUAAAGUUAGUUACAGAAGCCGGGUGGAAAUACGGAACCAACGCAGUUAGCUCUCCAAGAUUUCCAUUGUACGGGAUGGAUUUUGGAUGGGGGAAGCCUUCGGAUGUGCAGACUGCAACAAUGAACGAAAUUGGAACCAUGUUCUUGUCAUGCGCAAAGGAUGGAGGAAAAAGUAUUUUGGUCUCCACUUGCCUUCCUCAACACCAAAUGGAAAUCCUACACCUCCUUCUCUCUGUUUCAGUUGAUUGACUUCACCCAACAUGGUACAAUCUGUGGGCGACAAUGCGUUCCAUGGGUUUGACAUGUAACUUACGUCGUUGAACUUUGGGAUGUGAUUUCCUGGCUGUCCACACCAGAGAAAGAGGAACAAGUAAAACAUUGACUCCGCAGCUUUGGUUUAAUAUUUCAGGCAUUAAUAUAUGUUUAAUAUUUCAGGCAUUGAUUUAUUUUGUUACUAGCAGUACU